UCUCGAACGAACCGAGCGAGACGAUAUCCAAACAGCAGCGGCCACCACGCGCCCACCGCCUCGCCUCGCCUCGCCUCGCCGUGCCAGAGAAAAUGGCGGCCGCCGUCUCCGCUCCCCUGCUCCGUUUCCACCACCACCGCCGCCUCCUCCCCCGCUCCUCCUUCCCCCCGCGCCGCUGUCCGGCCGGCUCCCCGCGCGGGCUCCACCGCCACCCUCUCGGCCCCGUACACCCCUCCUGCAGGCUCCCGCGCUCCACCGCCUCGCCAUCGGCGGCGGCGGCGGCCGAGGCCGAGGCCACGGAGGAGGAGGCGGCCGCCCAGGACGGCAGCGAGCGGGAGGAGCGCGUCGUGCUCCCCACCAACGACUCCUCCGACCUCCUGCUCCGCAUCCGCCACACCUGUGCGCAUGUGAUGGCCAUGGCCGUCCAGAGGCUGUUCCCCAACUCCAAAGCGACCAUCGGGCCCUGGAUAGACAACGGCUUCUACUACGACUUCGACAUGGAGCCCCUCACGGAUAAGGACCUCAAGAAGAUCAAGAAAGAGAUGGAUCGGAUCAUCCGGAAGAACCUCCCAUUGGUGAGGGAGGAGGUGUCCAGGGAAGAGGCUCAAAAGAGGAUUCAAGCUCUUAAUGAGCCAUAUAAGUUGGAAAUUCUGGAGGGCAUCAAGGAAGAACCUAUCACAAUCUAUCACAUUGGAGAAGAGUGGUGGGAUCUCUGUGCCGGGCCUCAUGUCGAGUCUACUGGCAAAAUCAAUAGAAGAGCUGUUGAGCUUGAGUCUGUUGCUGGUGCUUACUGGAGAGGUGAUGAAAAUAAUCAAAUGCUACAAAGAAUAUACGGGACUGCAUGGGAAACUGAAGACCAAUUGAAGGCUUACAUCCACUUCAAGGAAGAGGCCAAGCGCCGAGAUCAUCGGCGACUAGGUCAGGAUCUUGAUCUAUUCUCUAUACAGGAAGAUGCUGGUGGUGGUUUAGUAUUCUGGCAUCCAAAGGGUGCUAUUAUCAGACACGUUUUAGAAGACUCAUGGAAACAGAUUCACUUGCAACAUGGUUAUGAUCUAUUAUACACUCCCCAUGUUGCAAAGGCUGAACUCUGGAAGGUUAGCGGGCAUAUCGAUUUCUACAAAGAGAACAUGUACGAUCAAAUGGAUGUUGAAGAUGAGCUAUAUCAACUGCGGCCCAUGAAUUGCCCUUACCACAUUUUAGUAUACAAGAGAAAGCUACAUUCGUACAGGGAUUUUCCCAUUCGAGUAGCGGAACUUGGAACUGUCUACAGAUAUGAGUUGUCUGGUAGUUUGCAUGGCCUGUUCCGUGUCAGAGGAUUUACACAGGAUGAUGCCCACAUAUUUUGUCUGGAGGACCAGAUAAAAGAUGAAAUUCGAGGUGUUCUUGAUCUGACUGAGCAAAUACUGGGCCAAUUUGGCUUUCGGUAUUAUGAGAUAAACCUUUCAACCAGGCCAGAAAAAUCAGUUGGCGGUGAUGACAUAUGGGAAAAAGCAACACUUGCACUAAAAGAUGCACUAGAGGAUAAAGGUUGGGUAUACAAGGUUGAUGAAGGUGGAGGCGCUUUCUAUGGCCCAAAAAUUGAUUUGAAGAUUGAGGAUGCUCUUGGAAGAAAAUGGCAAUGCUCUACUGUGCAGGUUGAUUUCAAUUUACCCGAGCGGUUUGACAUUACUUAUGUUGAUUCAAAUACCGAGAAGAAACGGCCUAUCAUGAUUCAUAGAGCUAUUCUUGGGUCUUUGGAACGGUUUUUUGGUGUCCUCAUUGAACACUAUGCUGGCGAUUUUCCACUCUGGCUUGCACCAACCCAAGCUCGUAUUCUACCUGUGACAGAUAAUGAGUUGCCAUACUGUAAUGAGGUGGCUUCAGAACUGAGAUCAAGAGGCAUCCGUGCUGAGGUAUGCCAUGGCGAGCGUCUACCAAAGCUGAUACGGAACGCCGAAAUGCAGAAGGUCCCGCUGAUGGCGGUCGUUGGCCCUAAAGAGGUUCAGGCCAGGUCCCUGACUAUCAGGUCCAGGCACAGCGGGGAGAUUGGUACGAUGCCUGUGGAUGAAUUCGUUAGCAGAAUCCAGCUUGCUGUUAUGAACAAAUCUUCUUCAUUAUAAUAAGCACUUAAAUAUGCUAAAGAGCAGUUAGUAUUAGAUCUUGUGCAGAUACACGAUACAGCGUACGUGUGCUCUAGAAGAAGUUAGCAACUGAGGUCUCCAUGAGCAGAUCCAACAAUUUUGUGCAUAAUUGCCAUCACCAUAUCUUGCAA